AUGGCAGUGGAAAAUUUCCAGGUUCCCUUUACAAAGUUGAACUCUGCAAAUUACGUGCAGUGGUCUAAGAGGGCUCAAGUCUGGUUGGAAGCCAAAGAAGUGUGGGCUGACUAUGUCCAGAGGCGAAAGCCGUUUGUGGCUGUUGCAGCAGAUGCCACAGCAGAGCAACAGGCCGCUGCACAUGCUCAGAAUAGGGAACAUGAUAAAAUGGACACUAAAGCUAGAUGCAUGUUGAUGGUAUCGAUAGACGAUUCCCAAUUACCUCAUGUGGAAAAUUUAAGGUCUGCAUUUGAAAUUUGGGAAGCUCUUAGGCGAAUUCACCAUAGAGCCACGCCCGGAGAGAAGGUGAACAUUAUACGUGCUUUGUAUGAGUUGAAACUGAAGCCAGGGGAUAGUGUGGUUGAACACACGUCACAGAUGACUGAGUAUUUCAACCGACUGUCAUCUUUAGGUGUGAAUUUUCCUGAAAAUAUUAAAGUUUAUACUCUGCUUAGCAGCCUGCAUGCAGGGUUUGAAAACUUAGUACUAACUUUACAGGUUUUGCCAGAGGACCAGCUGAAUAUGAAUUAUGUGACUGGUAGAUUGUGUGAGCAAGAAUAUCAACAUCAUCGAAAACGUAUUGAUAAUUCAAAUACCCCAAGGGUUGGGUGUUCAGAUAAUUCCCAGCGUGGGGAAACUAGCAGGCAGAGCUGUAAGGAAGCCUCACAAGUGUCUGCUAUGGCCAGCAAGUCAUGUUUUCGAUGUGGCAGCAGGUUUCAUUUGAUAGCAAAGUGUCCAGAAAAGCAACAGGAAUUUCAACAGUCCAGGGCCAGUUUCGGAGCUACAGGGGAAGACGACGUGAGAACUACAAGAAUCAACGAUCCAGAGGGGGAGCAGGUGCUGAUAAGGGACUAUCUGCAAUGGCAGCACAAAAGAGUCCUAAAAGGAGCCAACAAACCUUGA